UGUUGGACAUGCGCGUGGUGUAGAGCACGGAAUAUGGCGGCCUGCAUCUGAUGGCAAAAGAAGGAUCUGACGCGAAUACCUUCUCGAAACUGUAACCAGAUCGGGACUACAACUACGUUACUAAGUCUUUGGCCGUGCUGUGUUCUUACCGUGGAGCUCAGCAUCGUGUCGGUAGUGGCACAUUGACCGGUCUGGGGUCCCCUCACCUGGCACCUGGUGGUACCAUCGGUCAAAAUGGGCCGAACACCUCAGAAAGAGCCAAAAGAAGAGAGGAGGGAGAAACCUGAGAGAAGUAACCCCUCUCCGGGAACCGGUCCCCCCUCUUUGGAUAAAUCUAGUGAACCGUUCAGUUGGGAGGAGUACCUUAAGGAAACGUCAUCCACAGCCGCUUCUCCCAGCUGUUUCAGACAGUCCCGUUUCCCUCCCAGUAAUGACUUCAAGGCUGGUAUGAAGCUGGAAGCCCACGACCCUCGGAACAACACGUCCAUCUGCAUCGCCACGGUGAUGGGUAUGAUGGGUACACGUCUGCGUCUCCGUCUGGACGGGAGUGACAACACCAACGAUUUCUGGAGACUGGUGGACUCCUCAGACAUUCAGCCUAUAGGGACCUGUGAGAGGAAAGGAGACAUGCUGCAGCCACCUCUGGGCUUCAGAAUGAAUGCCUCCUCGUGGCCUAUGUUCCUCCUGAGAACCCUGACUGGAGCAGAGAUGGCACCAGCCACAGCUUUUAAAAAGGAACCCUCCAAGCCCUCCCAGAACCUCUUUAAACCUGGGAUGAAGCUAGAAGCAGUGGACAAGAAGAACCCCUACCUGAUCUGCCCGGCAACCAUCGGAGAGGUCAAAGGUGAUGAGAUCUUUGUGAUGUUUGACGGCUGGAGAGGGGCCUUCGACUACUGGUGCCAGUUUGACUCCAGAGACAUAUUCCCUGUAGGAUGGUGUUCUCUGACCAGGCACAGCAUCCAGCCUCCUGGCAACUUCUUCACCCUCCCCAAGGCCCUCUUCCUCCCAGCCUCCUCCUCUCCCCCCACCCCCUCCAGACGCUCCAUGCAGUCCCCCUCCUCCUAUCGCCUGCCCCACCCGCUGCCCCCUCUGCCCGUGCGGAAAGGGGUCCGUGGCCGGCGCCCCAAACUCCAGACCAUCGCCCUGCUCAAGGCAGCGGCGGAGGCCGCAGCCGAGGCUGCUCUGAAUGGUACGCCACAGGUCUCCGGCUCCCAGCUAGCACCCAGACCCCAUAAGAAGAGGGGGCCCAAGCCUGGGAGCAAGAGGAAGCCACGUGUGCUGCCGUCCUCGGGGACAGGCUCUGUAUAUACUACAGCCUCUGAGACCAGACUGAUCAACGUUCAUGGACCAAAGGACAACAGCCUCAGCUCCAGCCCUGGAGUGGUCUCCACAGUGUGUGUGUACGUGAACAAGCACGGAGCCUGCGGCCCACACCUGGACAGGAAGCAGUUGCAGCAGCUGCCGGACCACUUUGGGCCGGGUCCGGUCAACACUGUCCUACAGCAGGCUGUUCAGGCAUGUGUGGACUGUGCCUACCAGCCUACCUUCCUUUUCAGCUUCCUACAGUCCCAGUCCGACGGAGGAGAGAUCAUCAGAGUGCGGUCUGAUGGGGGGAUCCACUAUGUCAAGCUGCCCCAUGCCUCCUCUGCCUCCUUCGUGCUCAGGUUCAUGGAGACUCUGUGUCACCAGCUGCAGAGUGACAACCUGUUCUCCUCCCAACCCUUUAGCCCUGCAUUCAUGGCCUCCACUGGACACACAGCCUACGACAGGAGCACGUCAGUAAAAGAAGAGAUGUCAGAGGCCUUGUCCAUAGCCAGAGGCACCGUAGGAAGGAGCAGGCGCUUCCAGAUGGACAGAGACAGGGACUGUAACCUUUACCCUGCCCCCCUGUCCUCCUCCAAACGGCUGCACAGCACAGAGGCACACCCCUCGGAAGAGCCCCUUCCUCGCAGUGAGAACGGUUUGACUGAGGACCCUAUGGACACCUCCACCUCUCCCUCUAUGACCCCUCACCCCCUGACACAACGCACCACCUCAGAGUACCGUGGCCAGGGGUCCAGCAGCCCCUACUACCCUGGGUCUGGCCCUGGUCACCCCCCACCACCACCCCUCAGGCGCCUGGCCCCCAACCCUCCCGACCUGGGGUCCAGAGGGCUACAGAGAAGAGUGGAAGGUAGGCCUUCUGCGAGCUCCACCACAGGUCCUGAGCACCUGGCAGCUGCAGACCGGGAGGCUGCAGCGGGGAACGGGGCCGGGAACGCCCCUUCCUCCUGGUCUGUGGAUGAGGUGAUGCAGUUUGUCCACGACGCCGACCCCCAAACACUCGGACCCCACGUGGAGCUCUUCAGAAAACACGAGAUCGACGGAAAGGCGCUAAUGCUUCUACGUAGUGACAUCAUCAUGAAGUACAUGGGUCUGAAGCUAGGCCCCGCCCUCAAGCUAUGUCACCACAUCGAGAGGCUCAAACAGACCAAACAGUAACACUCUCUCUCACACACACACACACACACACACUAGAAUGGGAAGAUCAUCUUGGCUGUGAAACCCUAAGCACAAUGAGUCCUUAAUCAUUCCUUUGCAGAGACCCUCAUACCUCAUCCUGUGAUGAAGAGCAUUCAGAGAAACAGUAUGAAUGUCAGUAUGAACGUCAGUACAGAGAAACACUAUGAACGAACUUCAGUCUACUAUUCUUUAGAAUAGACUCAGCUGAAUCCCAAAGGAUGAUGUUGAGUGUUUACCUACCUAUGCAUUGUCCAUGUACACCUUCUCUCAACCCUUACCUACUUAGCCUGGUCCCAGAAUGUUCUGUAAAAAACAAACAGAUCUGAGACCAGGCUACUGUCAGCCUUGGAGACCUGGAGAUGCAAGGAGCCAUCUCCACACAACCCCCAAUGGCAUGUACUGCUUGUUGCACUAGCCUCUCAUUGCAAUAAGAUAUCAAACAUUCAGCUUCUAUAUGGAUACUGUGAUUUGAUUCUUCAAUAGUUUCAAUAUCAAAGGAUGUUGAUAAGGAGAAUGUACCAUGCUGGGAAGAUUCAUUGUUUGUUUUGGACACCGUACUCCUUAGUGCAUUCAGGGUGUGACAUCACACAACCUGGACUCUUUGGAACACUGAUCGUUCUUUGGAUCGCCCAAUGGAACUUCUAACCAGGAUCUAUGAUUGUGAUUGGACAUUCACACAUUCCUCUGCUGUGUGUAGAUUCUAGAAUACGUUGGACAAUGAAGACAGGAAGUUCCUGUUCAAGUCAAAGUCUUAUUGUAAAAGAAGAUGGUGGACUUAUGUUUGAAGAACCAGACAAAAAACCUGUGUUUUACAUAAAAAGCCAAAAAAGUAUGUUUUUUUUAUAUCCUGGAUUUUGUACUGUCUGUAAAAGGUAUUAUUAAUCUCUGCAUAUAUACAGGAAGGUUGUGUUGAAUCCUGUCUGUAUUUUAACCCAAACAAUCUGGUAUUUGUAAUGGUAGUGCUGGCUACACCAUCAGACAACUACCCGAUGGUAGCCAAGCUGAACAUUGAUUACAAUACGUGUAUGGCCAUCUCAUUUCAAAUCAUAGCCGUUAAAAGUAGAUAGUUGUCUGAAGGUUUUCAAGCACCAAAUGGACAGUUGAUAUGUAUUUAACGUUUCAUGGUCAGGAUAUCCAGCAUAUAUGGAUACAAGGCUGUAUAGCAGUCAGGCAACAGGCUAGGAUAUGGAGUGUUAGGGGGAUUUAACACACAAGCAAAAGAGAUGUGGAUGGGAUUGAUUUGUGUCACAACAACCUAUAAUGUGAUAAAUAUGACUUAUUUUAGUAUUUAUCUUGUCGCUGUGGCAGAAGAAGUGAUCCAUUUCUGAACAUUUUUCAGAAGUCAUAUAUUGAAAACAAUCUUUUGUAGUUGCAUUUUUAUGUGAAAGCUUUUAGUUUAACUGAAUGGUAAUACUUCAAACGGCCUUGCUUUAAUUGUGAUACUCAGGUUUUACUAGGCUUUUGUGUUUUAGGACAGACUUCUUCAUAGUAGCAUUUGCUGUAAGUUCAUUUUCUGUUUGACAAUAUUUUAGAUCAACUUUGUAUAUAUUUUUUAAGAUUCUACAUUUUCAUCUGUUGUUCCAUAGAAACAACACACAGUGUACAUAUACUGGAAAAACAACUUUUUCAAGUACCGGUACUGGAAAAUGCUUGUUUGUUAAAUAAUAUUUGCAUAUGUACUUUCACGCAAUUAAACUUUUUUUUUUUCA